CCUCGCUGUCGUCGUCUCCCUCGUCCUCCUCUCCGUGUUGUUGUUCUCGGUGACGCGGCGGAGGUGUAGCCUGACGCGGUCUCUUACGUGUCGGUCUGAAUAAAAGUGGAGCUCCGUAGACCCGGGAGUGACGAAGCGAGUCUGUGUUGAUUCUCAAUGACCAUGGAGGCUGGAGCAGACGCACAGCAGGGUGGAGAAACAGCUGUUUCGGAGUCCGAGGCCCAGCAGAUCACCCUGGCACAGGCGUCCAUAGCGGCGGGCCAGGUGUCGUCCAGCAGCCCCACGGUCACUUUAGUACAGCUCCCCAACGGACAGACGGUGCAGGUGCACGGCGUGAUCCAGGCGGCCCAGCCGUCCGUCAUCCAGUCGCCGCAGGUCCAGACGGUACAGAUCUCGACGGUUGCCGAGAGCGAGGACUCCCAGGAAUCCGUCGACAGCGUGACAGAUUCUCAGAAGAGGAGAGAGAUCCUCUCCAGGCGGCCUUCGUACAGGAAGAUCCUCAACGAUCUGUCGUCGGACGCCCCGGCGGUGCCUCGGAUCGAGGAGGAGAAGUCGGAGGACGACUCGGCCCCGGCCAUCACGACGGUCACCAUGCCGACGCCGAUCUACCAGACCAGCAGCGGACAGUACAUCGCCAUCACGCAGGGCGGGGCCAUCCAGCUGGCCAAUAACGGCACAGACGGCGUUCAAGGCCUGCAGACGCUCACCAUGGCCAAUGCGGCGGGCGCCCAGUCCGGCGCCACCAUCCUGCAGUACGCCCAGACCAGCGACGGCCAGCAGAUCCUGGUGCCCAGCAACCAGGUGGUCGUCCAAGGUGAGGCCGAACUCGGCGCUUUCGCCGUCGCCCCGUGUCGGACGAGGUCUGAGCGAGGUUUGUUUUGCGCUUCAGCCGCCUCCGGCGACGUCCAGGCCUACCAGAUCCGCACCGCCCCCACCAGCACCAUCACUCCCGGCGUCGUCAUGGCGACCUCGCCCGCGCUGGGCGCGACGGGCGCCACCGAGGAGGUGACGCGCAAGAGGGAGGUCCGACUGAUGAAGAACAGGGAGGCGGCGCGCGAGUGCCGCAGGAAGAAGAAGGAGUACGUGAAGUGUCUGGAGAACCGCGUGGCCGUGCUGGAGAACCAGAACAAGACGCUCAUCGAGGAACUCAAAGCCCUCAAAGACUUGUACUGCCACAAAUCAGAGUAGAGUCCCGCCCCUCCCCUCCCCCCCCCCCCUUCCCCACCACCGUGUACAGAGACUCAACACAGAGCCAUACAUCGGAUGCCACACCCCCCCCCCCGCCGCACCUAAACCACGCCCCCUUUUCUACUCUUUGCUUUCUUUUUUUAAAAAAAAAAAAAAAAACUGAAAGUGUGCGAAACAGAAGAGCUACUCUAACGACCAUUCCGGUUCCGGUGGGCGUCGUCACCAGCAAGCCCCGCCCACUCCCAUCACAGCAACGGAUCGGCGCUAACAACCUGUUACUUACGAUGAAAUUGUAAAUGGGCUUUUUAAAAAUCUUUGGAGCUUAUGUAUUAGGAUGACGCUUCCAUAAUGCCAACUUAUUUUGUUUUUUUCUUACUUUGCCUUUACAGAAGAUGUUUUUUUGUGUGUGUGUGCGUGUGUGUGUUGAGCGAAGUCGUUGGGGAAAAAAAAAAAAAAGUAAAAGUAUAAAUCUUCGCUUUUCAAGGAAAACUAGUCAAAGGAGAUGUUUUAACGUUUUAAUUUGCA